AUGGAGACUACAGAGACCACCACAGGUCACAUUCGUGCCCUGGACCACGAGAUUUCAACAUCAUCGCGUUUCGCAACCCCAAUUGGGUCCAUUCGCUCGCGGAGGCCUGAGUCUGCUGAUAGUGACCCCUCAGUACCCACAGCUCGUCCUCGCAGGCGCCUCCGAAGUUCCCGACUGACUGGGGAAUUCGAAAAGCCCUGGUUGGAAGAUGGAAGAAGGAAACCGAACUGGGACAGCAUUAUUUUCUACACUUGCUGUGCUAUUGCCGUCUGUGUUUCAGGUUACAUUUGUUGGUCCGAGUACGAGAAGGUUCCCAGACAUGAUUGGUGCAUGAUUCUAGAUGAAAACUUCAAAACUUUGGAUACCAGCAUCUGGAGCCAUGAGGUCCAGUUAAAUGGGUUCGGAACGGGUUCCUUUGACUGGACUACCACUGACUCGAAGAAUUCCUACGUUGACUCCGAAGGCCUUCACAUUGUCCCAACCUUGACUCUUGAAGAUACUCAUUACACCGAAGCGCAGCUGCUCAAUAAUACUGUUUUGAAUUUGACUUCCGAUGGGACCUGCACAUACUCUGAGCAGCGUGUGUCUACUCUUGCAGAUUGGAGUGCAUGCGAGGUUAGAAGCAAUGAUACAUCUGGACAGAUUCUCAACCCGGUUCGGUCCGCUCGUCUCACCACAAAGGGAAAGAAGAGCAUAAAGUAUGGUCGGGUUGAGGUUGUUGCAAAGCUAGCAAAGGGUGACUGGCUGUGGCCAGCUAUUUGGAUGAUGCCCGAGGAUUCUGUCUAUGGCGAAUGGCCGAAAAGUGGUGAAAUUGAUAUUAUUGAAGGCCGAGGGAAUGAUGCGGAGACGUACUCCCUUGGUGACAAUAUUGUUACGUCAACUCUCCACUGGGGAACCACUUACCUUAACGAUGCUUACCUCAAAAGUACUUCUGACUGGGGUGCGCAGCGAGUUAAGUAUGGCGAUGGCUACCACACCUACGGACUGGAAUGGACUGAGGACUACAUGUUUACCUGGCUGGACGGUCGUUUGAGACAAAUCCUCUACUUUGAUUUCACCAAAAACAAGAACAUGUGGACCUAUGGCAACUUUGCGGGUAGUACUGUGAACAAGACUGUCCCCAGUGAUCCAUGGAGUCAGACUGGCCGCCAAAACACUCCAUUUGACCAAGAAUUCUAUAUCAUUCUCAAUGUGGCAGUUGGUGGAACCAACAACUACUUCCCAGACCAACUAGGCGGCAAGCCAUGGGUUGAUGCAAGCAAAAGUGCUAUGAAGGAAUUUUACCUUGCUCAGGAGUCCUGGCUCCCUUCAUGGGGAACCCCCGAGGACCGUGGCAUGAUAGUCAAAUCGGUGAAAAUGUGGGAGCUUGGAGCCUGUGCAUGA